AUGGAUGUGACUCUGUCCGAGCUACUGGCCUCCUUCAUGGACUCUCCUCUGGUGCUCUGGGUGCGGACGCUGGGUCCUCUGGGUUCGUGCGACGACGUCGGCUCAGAGGAGCGGGUCCACAUGUUCAUGGAGCUGGUGGACGGCGUCUUCCUGCACAAGAUCAUGACACACAUCGACCCCAGCCCAACCAAUGUGAGGCUGAACAAGAAUGUGAACAAUGACUUGUCGCUUCGCCUUCACAAUCUGACCGUCCUCACCAGACACAUCAAGUCGUACUACCAGGAGACCUUACAGCAGUUAAUAGUCAUGCCCCUUCCUAACAUCCUCUACAUCGCCAAGGACCCAAUAUCAGCUAAGAGCAUGGAGCAGCUGAAAAGACUUCUGUUGCUGAUACUAGGCUGUGCUGUCCAGUGUGAGCGUAAGGAGGAGAUGAUCGAGAAGAUCAAGCUGCUGGACAUCGAGACCCAAGCUGCCAUCGUCUCUCACAUCCAGGAGGUGACCCAUAACCAGCUGAAUGUUCUGGACCUGUCCUGGCUGGAGGAAGGAGAAGAGCUGGCACAUGAAGAACUGGAACCUCUGUCCCGCAACAUGGCCACGUCGCUACAGCAACUGAUCGACCAGAGAGACAAAGCCACUGAGGUGAUUGUGGAUCUGACCCAGGAGAGGGACUACCUGUCCAGUCAGCAGCCCCAGGAAGGCUGCAGGAACCUGGGCAUGAGCAGCCCAGAGCGCGGGCAGAGUUGCGGAAGUGUGGGAUUGAAAAACGGGGGAUCGGCCAUGUCUGUGUCCGGGCUGACCAAAGAGGAGAAGCAGCAUCUGUCUGUGGAGCUCGCCGAUACCAAAGCCAAGCUCCGCAGAUACAGACAAGAACUGGAGGAGAAGACUGAGCAGCUGAUGGAUUCAAAACACGAAGUGGAGCGACUGGAUCAGGAGUUACAGAGACAGAAACAAGAGAACCAGUCGCUGUCUUGUGAGGCCCGUUCGGUCCGAGUGUACCGGGACGAGGUAGACAUACUGAGGGAAAGAGCAGCCCGGGUCGACCGACUGGAGACUGAACUGACCAGAUGUAAAGAGAAACUCAACGACGUUCACUUCUACAAGACCAGAAUGGAGGAGCUUCGCGAGGACAACCUGACCCUCAUGGAGACGAAGGUGCUGUUGGAGGAGCAGAUGUCAGCCUCCAGGGGGCGCUGUGAUAAACUGCACACGUUGGAGAAAGACAACCUGUUGCUUCGAGCUAAAAUACACGACCUUGAAAUGGAGAGGGACAACGAGCGCCGGAGGUUGGAGGAGCUGGUGGAGGAGAACAUGCUGCUGGAGAUUGGACAGAAACAGAGUAUGAACGAGUCGGCUCAUCUUGGCUGGGAGCUGGAACAGCUGACCAAGAACCAUGACAACACUAACACAGAGACUCGUAAGUCGUUGGUCCACGAGCUGAACGAGUGUGUUUCCAGUCGGGUGUUGAAGCUGGAGAAGGAGAACCGGGAGCUUCAGGCCUCUAUAGAGAGCCUGAAAGAGGACAACCACCUCCUGCAGGAGCAGCAGCUCCACACCCAGGAGGUAGACAGGGAGAACCAAGGCCUCAGCAAGAAGUUGGACAGUCUCCAGGGUUUAUUGGACCAGGAGAGACUGACCAAUCAGGACAUGGAGUCUCUGGGAGAGGAAAUAUUGAAGGAAAAACAGAAUCUGGAGAGAGAUGUGCACACUCUGAAGGCAGAGAAAGACAGACAGAUCUCAGAGCUGGAGAGCGAGAAGCAGCACCUCUCUGACGCCGUGGCGUCCCUUCAGGAGCGCGCUCAGUCAAACAGCGAGGCGAGGGUCCGCGAGGUGGAAACAGAGAACCGCCUGCUGCACCAGAACAUCACUGACACCAGCUCCCGAUUGGCCAGCUUAGAAUCCCAACUCAAACUAGCCAAUGAGGACGCAGAGCGGCUGAAGGAGAGGGCGGGGCGGUGCGAGGAGGUGGAGCGAGAGGCCGCAAGGCUGGAGAGGAGCAAGGACGCUCUGAACAGAGAGGUGGCCUCUCUGCGGGCGUGCAGCGAGCGGUCAGAGGCUCUAGAGAAGCAGAUGUCCUCCCUGGAGCAGGAGGUGCUCAGGCUGAAGCGGGAGGCAGAGGAGGCCCAGCGGGAGCAGCAGCGACUAGGGAGGCAAGAGGCGGAGAACAGCCUGCUGUCGAAGGAGAACCUGGACCUGCGCUGCUCCAUGGAAAACCUGCGCUCCUCCUCUGCCCGCCUGGCCACCCUACAGGAAGAGCAUAAAGAGGCACAGAGAGAGACACAGGAUCUGCAGAGGAGGCUGGAGGAGGUCAAAGAGGAGGCGCAAGGAGAAAGGAAGAGGGCAGAGAGGCUGGAGCUGAACGCGGCAGCGGUGAACCAGGAGAAGCAUCGCUUAGAGGAGGAAAUACUGAGGAGCAAAGAGGAGAGGGAAGAGGAAGAGAGGGAGAGGCAGGAGACCCAGGCCAGAGAAGAGGAACUAAGAAGGGAAGUAGAGGAACUGAAGGAGGAGCGGAGGAGGAGGGAGGAAGUUGAAGAGGAGAGGAGGAAGCUCCAGUUGGACUUGGAGCAGUCGGAGAAGGGCAGGAAGCACCUGGAGAAGGAGAGCUGGAGGAUGAGGACACUGGUGGAGGGUAAAGAGACAGAGCUGGAGGAGAAAGCCAGGCGACUGGCCACGGUGAAGAAGGAGGGCGUGACCCUGAGUAAGGAAGUGGAUAGGCUGAAGGAGGUGUCACUCAAAGCCAAGGAGGUGGAGAGGGAGAACAAGGAGCUGCAGAAACAGGCAACUAUUGACAAGAGGACUCUGGCCACUCUGAGAGAGGAGUUGGUGUCUGAGAAGCUGAGUGUCCAGCAGCAAAAUGUUGAGUUAGAGAGACUCAAUGAAGAGCUGGAGAAGAUCGGACUGAACAGAGAAAAACUCCUGCAGCAAGAGCACACACUGGAGGACAGCAGGUACAGGCUGCUGGAGUCUCGGCUUGAGGAAACCGUUCAGCAGACGAUGAAGAUUAAAGAGGAGAGGAUCUCCUGUCUAGAAAAGAAGCUAGGAGACAGCAACACACUCAACACUAUGCUACGUGCUAAGCUAGCCACCGGGGAAGAAAACCACAACUCCCAGCAGCCCUCAGGAAGUGACCGGGGUGAAGGGUCAGCCACUGCUGAACUGCUACGAAUCAAAGAUCAUCUUAUUGACAUAGAAAAGAAUAAUUCCUCCCUGCUGAUGGAGAGCAGUCUGUUGAAGGGGCAGCUCAAACAACUAGACAACCAGAACACAUCUCUAAACAACCAGAUGUUGGCGCUGCAGCGACACACCACCACCCUGCAGGAGCAGAAUUCAGCGUUACACACACAGACAGCAAAGCUACAGGUGGAGAACUCCACGAUCUCUUCCCAGAGUGCAUCUCUCAUGGCCCAGAACGCUGUGCUGCAGGGCCAAGUCACCGCCUUGGAGUCGGAGGUAGAGUCGUGGCAGAGACAGCGCGAGGAGGCGUGGCGGGCCAGAGAAAGCGUGCUCAGCGACCACGAGCGCCUGCUGAGCGUGCACGAGAGGCAGGCACACGAGUACGAGCAGCUGAUUGCUCAGCAUGCCGCAGUGAAAGGCAAACAGAGGACGCUAGAGGGUGAACACAGGACGCUGCACAGCAAGUAUUGUAUUCUGCUGCAGCAGAAGGAGAAAUGGGAGGAGCAGGAGGGGCAUGGUCGGAAAGAGAAGGAGGAACUAAACCAGCAAAUCCAGAAGAAUCGGCUACUACAGCAAGAGAAUCUACAGCUCAAAACAGAAGUGGACAGAUUAACAGAGAGCCAAUCACAGCAGUCAGAGCAGUGUGAGGGGCUGCAGCAGCGCACGAGUGAACUCAAGAGAUCUUUAAGCUCUGCCAAGCAGGAAGAGAGUAAAUGGAUGGCACAAUACGAUUCACUAAUGGAGCAACACCAGGGCCUGGACCUGACCAUGACCAAACUAGACAACCACUGCGAGCUGUUGAGUCGACUGAAAGGGAACCUGGAAGAGGAGAACCACCACCUCCUGAGUCAGAUCAACCUGCUGAGUCAGCAGAACCACACCCUACUAGAGAGGAGCAUGGAGAGCAAAGAGCUGUAUCACCAGGAACAGAAACUAUACAUUGAUAAGCUGAACGCUCUUCGUCGUCAGAAGGAGAAACUAGAGGAGAAGAUCAUGGACCAGUACAAGUUCUACGACCCCUCACCUAAAAAGAGGAGUCAGUGGUCUGGAGCCAAAGCUUUAGCCAAACUGAUUAAACCCCGAAAGGAGAGCAGCAGGGAGAGGGGGGCCGACCGAGACAAGGAAGGAGGCAAAGAGAAGGAAGGAGGCAAAGAGAGGGAACGAGCAAAGAGCGCCCCGGACAUCCCGCUGCCUUCCCCACCUCCCCUCCUCCCCCCUGAAACUCCACCCCCACUUCCCAAGCGCACUUUAAGUGACAUGCAGGACGGCGGCCAUGCCCACAGUAACCAUAACAACCACAUCACCAGCCCCAGCCUGGGACCCAAGAGUCCAGCGCUCACGCCCAUCAGCCGAGGUUUGCCGGACAGGGGCCGGGGUGUUUAUCGUAGCAGUACUCCAGGAGGCAGCAGCGAGAGUGUCAAUGCAGAGGAUGGACACGGACAAGGUCAGACCCAUAAAGCUCUGAGCUCCACUCCAAGCCACCAGUCCUCCCCACUGGGCCUAACUAACAGCUCCAGCUCCAGGCUGGGACCAGGUCCCGGCCGCAGGCCCAGAGGUCUGUUGUUUGAUGAAGACUCCCGCCACAACUCCUCUGACUCUGUGCUUGGUCAACAUGGCAACACGGGAGGUCGCCCAGGGUCGGCAGACUUCAGCCACAACACCUCCAGCUCCAACUCACCUGUCAACGGCAGAGACACAUCAGAUCGUCAGGCCCGCUCAGCCAGCCUCUCCAGUGAUGAUGUCAUGGGUCUGAGCCAACCUCAACAGAGUCUGUCACGUAGUUCCACCCUCCCGUACGACCACGCACCCCAGAGGGCCCAGCCACAGCGCGGAGGCGGGGUUAGGACCAAGACCCGUACGUCUUCUCCUGGAAGUGAGAUGGUGACGCUGGAAGAGUUUCUACAUGAGAGCAACAUACAGUCACCUCCUAUGGUGUCAACAGGAAGCAGGGAGGACUUGAUGACCGACUACUUCACCAGAAGUCCCGCCCCCUCGGCUCCAGCUGGCAGAGAUCAGGUGACUCCCACCAGCUAUGUCACGCCCACUGUCCAGUCAUCCAACCAGAGGCCAGGCCAGAGCGUCAAGCCCUCGCCCCGCCAGCCCGUAGGCCAAUCCCCAGCCUCGGGCCAACCCGCCACCCAGAGAACCGGCCAAUCACUGAGCAGGGCUUUCAGCCUGGCCUCAGCUGAUUUGCUGCGCUCCAACGGACCAGACAGUUUCCGUGGAAACGAAGGCCAAUCGGAUGUGGUCGUACGGAGACAAGGGAGCGGGGCUAGCGGGAGAGAACGGCCGCUCUCGGCUCGGCUGGCAGGUCCGACCAAUCAGCACGGAGAUGGCAGCUUCCUGAAUCCGCCUAUUCACCAUUCGUCCUCUCUCAACCUGCAAACGGAGAGAUACGCAGAGAGAGACAGAGACAGAGACAGAGGGAGGACCCCUGUCUCUCGGAACGGCCCUACGUCACCCUCCACCUAUCAGCACCGCGGAGAGGUCGCCAUGGUAACCCCUGUUAGGGCUGUGCCCGCCACACGGCCUGAUGAAGCCUCAGAGCUUGGGGAGACGUUAAGGGAGGGGCGGUCAGGUGACUCCUCCCAAUUAAAGAAAGAAAGUGAGAAAGAGAGGAGCGACUCUGUCGAACGGCCGAAAAGCACGCCGGCCUCCCCUGACCCCAACAACGACCCUCAGACGGUGUGGUAUGAGUACGGCUGUGUCUAAACACUGACACUAAUGGACGUCUAUGGGUGUGGCUAAAGAUGGGAACCAAAUACUCAAACUGCAGUCUGCUGGGGCUGACUGCAGUCUGAAUCUAAAUCCUGGAGAGCAAAGAACAAUUUAAACACAUCUGUAUCACAUCAUAAAGGAGUCAUGAGUUCAGUUUGUGUUUUCUGGAAUUAACUUCUGUAGAUUAACAACCAAACCCGAUUCCAUACACCACCUGCCAAUACGGCUGAUUAACACAGUCUAACAGGAAGCUUUGUAAUGAGAAGGAGCCACCGGGGAUUUCAGCUGCACCCAAACAAUCACAUCACACCUCAACUACUGGAUCUGCAGAGAAGCUUUUCAUCACAAGCUGAAUCACUCUGAGGGGGAUGCAAUAUAGAUUUGAGCUCAAUCACUGAUGGUCUUUUUAAGGACUUAGACAUGAACACCUUAACACUAUCGAUGGUCUCUGAGAAGUCAUUGGCCUCUGCUGUUUUGUUAUCACCCUGUUUACUGUGAUCCAGCAAGCAGCCGGAGCCCACAGGAUGGGUUUCUUCUGCAGCAAAAUAGUUGUUUUUUUAAAAUGCUGUUGCUGUUACUGGCUGUUUUAAAAAAAUGAUUUGGGAUGUUUUGACCAGAUGAUGAUCCAGGUGUACAUUUUUUAAAGAGUGCUAUAGAAAUAGAGAUGGGAGCUGAGAUGUCUGAUGUCUGAGAAUCCAACACACUUAAAGCCUGCAGGAACAGAGGACAAGUGCUACAUGACCGGAAUGCUAAGGAUGGGCUCAGUCUAUGAGCUGGAACUUUUUGACUGCUGACCAACACAGCGUCUAGCCCCGUUAACGUUUACCUGGAUGCCACCAAUUCUGCAGAACUGCAUGCCAGGAAUUAGCCAUCACCGAGAGGAGUGAUUGAACUAAAGUGAAGGCGACCAGAAGCACCAGAGCGACUGAAUGUAUCCGAUUUCUCCUCCUCUCUCUGCCCUCCUCACACUGGAAAGAGAGGAGCGAGAGAAGAAAAGGAGAUGGAGGGAAAAGAGAGUUGAAGCAAGUGAAGGAGAAAGGGUUCUUGAGAUAGAGAGAAUAAACUGAGGGAUGCCGGGAUGGAGAGUGGUGGACGGAUAUAGAGACGGAUGGAGUGACGGGAGGACAGAGAGAUAAACAGGACAGAGAUGGAGGGGCUCCUCCCAGUUAAAUUACAGUCUUUCUCCCUCCAUCUUUAGAUUCUGUCCCAGCAUGCAACACUCUGACACUUUACUGGAAAUGUUGCUCAGCCGGAGCCAACACUAGUUUCACAAACACACACACACACACACACACACACACACACACACACGUGUAUAUAUACAGUAUAAUGAUAUAUACAGACACAGAGGAAUUGUCCUUGAGGGGCUUGGUUGUGGCCUCGCUAACCAUUGAGCUGGACUUCAUUCAUACACACACACACACACACACACACACCAGUGGAAACCACUGUGUUUUGAUAGGGUGUACUGCUGCACGCUAACUUGACCAGACAGUUGUUAGCGCUGCACAACAGAGAGAGAGAUAGAGGGAGAUUCAGGCUGAAUCCAGACCCUGUGUGAUCUGGACACUUAGAGUUUACAUGUAAUGAUUUGGUUUUGAGUUUUAGAAUAACUGAAUGCAUCGAGGGGUUUUGGUAUUGGUGUUGUCAUCACUGGGAGAAAGAUGACUGUUGGGGGAAUUUACAAAUACCUGGUGUCAUUUUUUAGAGCCCACUGAACAGAGGCAGAGAAGAGGAAAAUGAAGAGGUGGGAGAAAUGAUUGAAAGUAUGCGUCGGAGACACAUGAUGAAUGGAAAAAAUGAAUCUCAUGCUAAUUCUGCUCAUCAACUGACCUGCUGUCUGUAACUGCUGUUUGUUAACACAAACCUGUCCCCUCCUGCGUUAGCAAUGACCGAUGGCAGACUUUCCUAAAAGCACUAUUAUGAGGAGGAGGAGGAGGAGGAAGAGGAAGAAACACUGGAGUUAUGAAAAUGAAGAUUUGACUGGAACCCAUCACCAACCUUUCCGCUCACCUUUUGAAUGAAAACGCACACGUCAAUAUGCAACUAUGAGCUAAAUUAUUUUACCUGUAACAUUUGUACAUGACAUUAGAUUUUAUAAACUGGGCAGUUAUUACAAGAUUUGGGAUACUUUUUGUAAAAUCUACUGGAACUUCACCUUGAAAAUAUUUGUUGUUGAUACCAAAAAAAACAAAUCAAGUCCUGUUAACUGGUAAAAAGUUAUUUGUAGAUUUUUUUUUUUUUUUUUAAAUACUUUAAAGUUCUAGUAGUGAGAUCAUGUUAGUUAAUGAAGUGACAUGAAGUGAUACACUGUAGGGUGAUGCUGUCAGUAGUACUGCUGCGACCUGUUUAUUUACCUGCUGUUGGGUUGGUGUGUGUUGCCUUUUUAAUGUCUGCACUUGAGGCAUCUCUGCUUUAUUAGGUCCCAAAGCCCUUCAGACCAUUUCUAUAUGUGUGUGUGUGUGUGUGUGUCAGUUUCAGUUUGCUGACGUCAAAAGAAAAACAUAUUGCAUUCCCAGAAACAAUCUUUCUGUUAUUGAAACAACACCAUCCCACACACUUGUCACAUUAUUACUGUUACUGACUUUCUGAAAUGUGUGUGUCCCGUCUGUCUGUCUGUGUGUGUGUCUACUUGUCUGUCUGCCUGUGUUACUGUCCCAUUAUCCCCAUUCCCAAUACACCAGUUUAGGGUUCCAUUGCUCCUACUGGUCAACUUACCUGCUCAAUGUUAAGAGCAACAACACCAAAAUCCUCAGCAGGACUCUGUGCUUCCUGCUCAGUGGACCAACAGGGCUGAUGUCCUUUUAAAAUGUGGUGUCCUCCCCCACCCCGUCUGUGUGUCUCAGAGGAUACCAGACAGCCGUAAGACGACGCAGCGUCACAGAGAGAAGUGAAAGCAGAAGGUGAAGUAGAGCCGACGUCACUGACAUUUCCUGCUGUAACUGGAAUAAUACUUUAGUUCACUUUAUGACUAUUGCUGACUGCUAUGCUGUGAUGUGACUACUGUUAAAAGGCUACUAGUGUGAUUCAGUAGAAAAACCGAGGUUGAUGUUAUUACACCCAAAAGAUUUUUGGUAAUAAAGAUUUAUAAACAUGAA